UUUGAGUCGUGUCAAAAUUUCGAAGUUCCAUAUCGUUUGAGAAACAUUGAGAUCUGCCCAAAUGGAUGAUGAUGAUUUUGAUGACUUCGGUGGAUUUGAGGCAGCUGAACCUGUUCCACAUGCACCAGUUCCCACUGCCGGACAGGGACAGCUAGCAACCCCGUCCCCCUGGGGACUAAUCACAACAGCUUAUAGUAAUGUUGGAGCUAAGCCAGAUUUGCUAUGUAGAGAAAACAAAUUCCCAGAAGUACUUGACCCAACGGUGACAAGUGGUCCAGGAGUGUCCAACCAGGAUCAAAAUGGGGCCACAGGCCAACAUGUGGAGGAAGCCAGUGGAAGCUCUGCAUCAUCCCAGGCUUUUGAAGUACAGUUUCCAACUGGUGCAAGCGAUUCUGUGGACAUCAACCUUGAUGAGGUGACAUUGGCAAACAACAUCUUAGAUGGUCAGUUCCUGUCAUCUUUGCCUGUGUCCAGUAGUCAAAGCAGUCAUCCAUCUUUGGCAUCUGCUGUUGGCAAACAAAGCUCAAUAGAUAGUCAGAAAGGGUCAAAUCUUGACUCUGUACUAGGAGAGAGUUUGCACCAAAGUUCUGUUCAUGGCCAAAAUCAAACAAACACUGCCGGAAUUGAAAGGCAAGGUAUGACACAAAAUUUAUCACAAACCAAUCAGUCUAACAGUGGUAGAUCAAGAGCAUCCAAUUCUUUUUCUUCCGACCGAAGAUUAUCGUCUGGGACUGAAUCAGAUAGGAAAGCGUCCUUGUCCAGUGACCAUUCCUUUACACUAGGUACAUGGGAAUCAGACGUGUUCAAUUCAGUGCAAACAAGUGUUACAAAGACAACAGUACCAAAACCAUCGUCUGGUAUGACUCCAGCGUCCCUAUCUUCAAGUCUUCUGCCUGGUGUGGCACUGCCAAAAUCAAAUAGACAGGAAGAGAUAUCAUUACCUAACCAAGCUGUAAUUAAGGAGAUGACACAGAUCCGGUCAGAAAGUCAGGCUGCGGUCAAGACGGUUGUACAGGAAUAUAAGGAUCUGAUGCAGACAACCCUGCGAAGCGAGCGAGAAAUAAUUGAAGGACAAGUACGUGUGUUGAUACAGGAACAGGAAGACAAGUUUAAGAGCAUGCUCAGUGAGCAGCGAUCUCAUUUUGAAGAGAAAUUGGCAGAGGAACGAAUUAAAAUGGCAGAAUCAAAGAUGACUGCUCUGAAAGAAAAGGCUGAAGAGAUACAGAAAGAGUUUGAGGAUUUUCUGAAAAUGGAACGAGAGAAAAAUCAAAAUAAUCUACAAAGUGCUUUAGAGGAAGAAAGAAGAGAAAACAGUAAAAAAGUAAUGGAAGCCUUGGAUCAGGAACGAGAGAAAAACAGAGAGCAACAUUUAGAACAGAAGGAAUUAUUUAGGAAAGAAUUGCAGGCGGAGCAGCAGAAACAUCAAGAAAUUAUACAGAAGUCCCUGGCAGAACAGAGAGAAAAAUUUCAAGUAAUGCUCAAGGAGAGUUUGGAAGAAGAAAGAAAGAAAGGAGAAGAGGCUUUACGUAUCAAGGUUGCACAAAUAGAAUCAAAGAAAAUGCUGGACAGCAAGGUUCACAAGAGACACAUGGCUAGUCUAGAUGUUUUCCUGGAAGGAGCCCGCCAGCAACUCUCACUCUUGAUGGACAAGUCUGAUUCAACAGAUGUUGAGAUGUUGCCACUGAAUAGCUGAUGUCACUGGAGACUGAACCCCUGAAUCAUUCCAAUGUGUGCUUGAGCACUUCAGUAAACAUUUUCACCUCCUGAAUUAGUGUUGAAAUACACAAAUGGCUCAAAUGUAAUAUACUUGUGUUAGAGUCAGGCAGGCACAAACAAAUACUUCCCUAUACUAGGUAGUGAAUUACGUUCAGCAAAUCAGACAAUUUUGCUCUGGAUCCUAGUCAACAGAAGCAUUACUGUUUCUAUGGCAGUUUUCUCAGGCCUGGUACGAGGGUUUUAGGAGGAAUGUGAACAUACCUGUGAUAAGAUAAAAGUCAUUUGUUGAUAUAUUUCAUGGAAGUGUUUUAAAAAAAAAUCUACAUUUGGUUAAGUUUAGUUAUCAUUGAUAUAAAUGAAUCACAUUUGUCAAAAUAUCCUUUCCCAUGUAAAAACAGUUUUUCAUAAUGACUGUCUAAUUCCUUUCAUGUGUGGAAAUCUGAAGGUCCUAUAUUUACAUUUCAUGUUACAACCUCCGAUUGUCUCUGUUCAUCUUGACUUUAGGAGUGCAGAUACAUUCUAGGUCAUAUGCACUAAUAUGAUGUCAUUUUGAUCUAUGUUACAUCAAUGCUUUGUUUGUUAUUAACACACAUCAUAGCUUUAUUUCAAUCAUUUAGAUGAUUAUGAUUUUCUGGAGGCUCUUCCAGUAAAUAAGCACACAAGGUGAAAAUGUUAAAUUCUUGAUAAAAUAGACACAGUGAUAUUUCAAAAUGAUAUCUGAACCAUAUAUAUAUAUAUUGUGUUUAAACAGUUGUCAGAUUAUAUUAAUUGUCAAUAUAUAUGUAAUCUGUGACAGGUAGAUGAUCAUGGCAUCUAAAUCAAACUGCAAUCAUAAUGACAGUCCAAAGACCAUCCAAUGGUUAAGUGAACAAUUGUAGCAUAUGAACAUGUAUUGCCCUAAUAAAUAUUGAGCAGGAUAAGGAAAGUUCCUUCAGCUAUUGAUUGUUAGGACAUGUAAAAAACAGUUAAUUGUGGUACACACUACAAUUAAAUCAGAUAAUGUGGUCUUGUUGUUUCACUCUAUAAAAUCUAAUGUUUACUAAUAUCCACUAAGCAGUGCUUAUUUUAUAGUUCUGCAAAUGCCACAUUUUGAAUGGAUAAUCAUAAUAAAGGACAUAUUGCUGCUAAGAACCUUUCAUACAUGUACGUGUACCAGCUCAGAGACAACAAUGGUUUGUAAUAGUAUGAGUGAUACUGCGCUGGACAUGGCAGCCAGAGAUCAUUAUAGGUUUUUUCUUUACUGAAAUUGAAAUUUUCCAUAUUGUAGGGAAAUUUUAUUGUGAAAAUAUGUAUGUUUCCAAUGAAAAGAUUUGUUUGUAUAACCUAGACCUAAAUUUAUCGCUGAUGGCAGUUGUAUGAUACAGUCCUUUGCUUGUAUAGAUCUGCAGUUUUUGUAAUAGUAAGAACAGGUAUGCUAGAUGGCUUUAGUGAAAUUCAGCCUCAGUGAUUUGGCUGGUAGCACAAUUUGUAACUCUUUCCAGAUACAAUUUGCUCUAAACCUCUUGAUAAAUGUUAAUAUCAAUAGGGAUAACCAACCCCCCCAACAUCUCCUCACUACCACCACCACCACCAAACUUAUAAUUGAUCCCUCAAUAUUUCCAUUUUAUUUCAGUUUCAACAUAGAAUGAGCCCCCUAAAUUCCUAUACUGAUCUGUUUAUGUCUUUGAUCCCAGGAUUUUUUUCUGUAUCAUUUUGAUAUUGAGUAAUACUCCUUAACAUUGAGAUUAUCCUGUGUGUACAUUUUCUUUCACAUCUAUACAAUAUAUUAUUUAUUUAGAUAUAUCAUUACAUACAGAUUUACUGAUAUGUACUCAUUUUAAAUUGCCAAACUUAUA